CCCAGUGGUCCCCACGGAGAUGUUCAGUGCUUGGAAUCGCCGGGACCGGCCCCCUGAGGAGGGGGCAGCUGCAGAGCUCCAGGGCUUCGCUGUGGACAAGACCUUCUUCUCCUCUCUCAAAGGCAUCCUGCUGGAAACUGAGCUGGCCCUGACCUUCAUCAUCUUCAUCUGCUUCACGGCCUCCAUCUCCGCCUAUAUGGCCGCGGCAUUGCUGGAGUUCCUCAUCACGCUCACUUUCCUCUUCUUCUACGCCACCCAGUACUACCAGCGCUUCGACCAGCUUAACUGGCCCUGUCUGGACUUCCUCCGCUGCCUCAGUGCCAUCAUCAUCUUCCUCGUGGUCUCCUUUGCUGCUGUGACCUCCAGGGAAGGGGCUGCCAUUGCUGCUUUCGUGUUUGGUAUCAUCCUGGUAUCGGUCUUUGCCUAUGAUGCCUUCAAGAUCUAUCGGACUGAAAUGGCACCCAGAGCCACCCAGGGGACUCAGCAGUGACUCCUGGGCUGUCUCCCAAGCCCAUCCAGACACAGGGAACCAUGAAGCCCAGAUAUGUCUCCUUUGGAUUCAUUGACCCCCUGGCCACCAUCCCCCACACCAGGUCUACAGAGGCAUGUGCCCAAGAAGUCAGUGGGGAUGUAUCUGUGGAGCCUGGUGCCCUGAGCCUGGAUCCUGAUGAGGUUCUGUCCAGAGGAGGAAGGGGAAGAGGGGAGGGAAGGAAACUGGGCCCCCAAAUUAAAAGAUUCAAAUCCUA